UCCGUCUCCUCAUUCCUCGCCCUGCCCCCGACCUCUCCAGCGGCUCCAAUGGCGACCACCAUCUCCUCUCUAGCGGCCACCCACUCCCUCCACCGCCGCUGCUGCCGGAGCAGCCCCUCCUCGCCCUCGACCCCCGCACGCGUCUCAUUCCGCGCCGCGCCGCCGGCUGCCGCGGCGGCGCGGGCGAGGCGCCGGGCUGCGGUGCAGGUGCUCGCCUCCUCCGCGGUGCUGGAGGCGCCCGAGGAGCUGGCCACGCGCAAGCUCUACGUCGGGAACAUCCCCAGGACCGUCACCAACGACGAGCUCUCCGCCAUGUUCGCCGAGCACGGCACCGUCGUGCGGGCCGAGGUUAUGUAUGACAAGUACAGUGGUCGGAGCAGGCGUUUCGGGUUUGUCACGAUGAGCACGGUGGAGGAGGCCAAUGCUGCCACCGAGGCCCUGAAUGAGACUGAGGUUGGAGGUAGAAAAAUUAAAGUGAAUGUGACAGAGAGCUUCUUGCCGAACAUUGACCUGUCUGCACCAGAACCGGAGCCCGCAUUCGUUGACAGCCAGUACAAGGUUUAUGUUGGCAAUCUUGCGAAGACAGUGACGACAGAGGUGCUCAAGAACUUCUUCUCUGAAAAGGGGGAGGUCCUCAGUGCCACGGUAUCACGAGUUCCGGGGACUCCAAAGUCCAAGGGUUUUGGUUUCGUCACGUUUUCAUCGGACGAAGAAGUUGAAGCUGCCAUUUCUACUUUCAACAACACAGAAUUGGAAGGACAAACCAUCCGUGUGAAUAAAGCGUAGAAGUAGCAGAUAUUUCACACUGGAGACAAGGGGAGAAUAUCUUGGCGGCACAACCAUAGACGGAGGGAGAACUUCAAGACUAGAUUCUGUAACAAAGUUUAAAAGGCAUUCGGUGUAAUUUUGGUCUGGCACUGAACGAUAUUUUUUGUAUAAUACCAGUGUAUGGAAGAACUUUGAUUGUCAA